GAACCAUAAUACGUCCAUGGUUCCCUGUUCAAAAGUUAAACUAUUGGCUAUUGAUGGUGUCAGGAUAUAUAUGCAUGAUAGUAGGGUGACGCUCGUGGUUGUUACGUCUGCACAUCCCAGGCACAGAGAGGCGAUUUAAUUCAAAGGCUGAGAUGAAAUGCUGCCUGAGAAACUAACCUUAGGGCAUACGAGGCUCCAGUUUCCAGGAAGCGGAUGUUGUUGACGUUUCUGUCGCAAACAGCAUCCGGUUAUUCGGGCUAGCAAGCUUGGCGAAAUAGCAGCUUCCGGCGAAAUGAUCAACUUUAUACUCCGAAGGACUGAAAAGAUAGCCAUAUGAGGUCCGCUGCUCAACAAUGGACGUGUUUUUUGUCGAAUUGUCUCGUGUUCUCGGUCUUUCCGUAGACACCACCCCGGCUAGUUAGCGCAGCUGGCUAACUGGCUGAUCAAACCCUGACAAGUGCCCGGCUGCUUGUCUGACUAGGUGACGGAGAAACACUGUCAAGAGGAGGAAAUAAUUAACUUUUUAUCUCAAAAGCUUAACCGUAGACACACCACACUGAGAAUAGGAGCUGGUAUGAACGGGAGCUUCCAAGGGCUACUUUCUUGACUUUUGGUUUAGUUGACUGUAGAUUGAGGGGAGUAAGUAAACGAGCUGAGGAGUGGGAUUAUAAAUACAGUAAUAACAAAUAAGACGGGACUGUUACUGAGGCGUUGCUUGCUUUGGUUACCGUGUGUCUUGAAGAUGUCAGUACGUUUUGAUAACUGAAGUUUGGCUUGAAGUUUCCCUGAGUACUGUUCCCUCAAAACCACAUCUAUAGAAUAGAUUAUUUGCAUUUUCAUUUUCAGAUCGCUGGAUUCAUUUGACUUAUCGGGUUUGCUUUAGGGCACAGUUACAUGAAACGUUAGUCCUUUUCUUGUCAACGUGUCACACUUCUUGUUUACAGCAGGUCCGGGUGACAGCCUGGAAAAGUAAACAGGAGUGACAGACCAACCUGCUCACAACACUUUGAGCAACUUUGCACUACAGCUAAUGUCUGAUGCAUCUCCACCAGCUACACCCAGAUGUAUCUAGUUACUUGAAAUAACAUUCCCACAAAAUAUUGCAGUUUUAAUUGUUUGGUGAGAGAGACAGAUGGAGUGUCAGUGGCCAAGUUUGAGUAACAAACUAGGAUUAAUUCGUGAUACUAUUUUUAACCAUUGAUGAUGAGAUAUAACAUAAAUGCUUGGUUAGGGCAGUGGUAAUGAAUAGAUAUUUGCUCAGUGACUGACUGAAAGCAAGACUGUAGUUGUAUACAUAUUGCUGCUAUCUUGCCCACUUACCACAAUGCCGCCUGUAGUGUUUUUACUGAUGCUGUUUGGAGCAUCAUGCAGCCUUGGACAGGCCAUGACACGGGAGGAAAAGCACAGGUUGAGGAACCAAGUGGUUGAGAUGUUUGACCAUGCAUAUCAGAAUUACAUGGACCAUGCAUACCCAGCAGAUGAGCUGAUGCCUCUAACAUGUAGAGGAAGAGUACGUGGGCUUGAACCCAGUCGAGGUGACAUAGACGACGCUCUUGGAAAGUUCUCUCUGACCCUCAUUGAUACUCUGGAUACUCUGGUGCUUUUGAAUAAGACCACAGAGUUUGAGGCUGCAGUGAGGAGAGUCCUGUCAGAUGUGAGGCUGGACAAUGACAUUGUGGUCUCGGUCUUUGAAACCAACAUUCGAGUCCUUGGAGGUCUGUUAGGAGGCCACUCCAUGGCUGUGAUGCUGAAGGACGGAGGUCAGCACAUGCAGUGGUACCAGGAUGAGCUCCUGCAUAUGGCCAAAGACUUGGGUGUCCGACUGCUGCCGGCCUUCAACACCAGCAGUGGCCUGCCUUACCCCCGGGUGAACUUGAAAUAUGGAGUCAGGGGUCCUGAGACGAGAACAGGCACAGAAACAGACACUUGUACUGCGUGUGCAGGAACCAUCAUCCUGGAGUUUGCUGCCUUAAGUCGCUUCACUGGGGAUCCUGUUUUUGAGGCCCAUGCCCGGAGAGCCCUGGACUUUCUGUGGGAGAAGAGACAGAGGAACAGCAAUCUGGUGGGAACCACCAUCAACAUCCACUCUGGAGAGUGGGUCCGUAGAGACAGUGGAGUUGGAGCAGGAAUUGACUCGUACUAUGAAUACCUACUAAAGGCCUACAUCCUCUUGGGAGAUGACUUGUUUCUGCAGCGGUUCAAUAUUCAUUACGCAUCUAUAAUGAAGUACAUUAGUCAGCCGCCUCUGCUGCUGGAUGUCCACAUCCACAAACCUCUACUUCCUGCUCGCACCUGGAUGGACUCUCUGCUGGCCUUCUUCCCUGGACUGCAGGUAUUGAAAGGAGAUAUCCGUCCUGCUAUCGAGACUCACGAGAUGUUGUACCAAGUUACCAAGAAACACAACUUCCUCCCGGAGGCCUUCACUACUGAUUUCAGGGUACACUGGGCCCAACACCCCUUGAGGCCUGAGUUUGCAGAGAGCACCUAUUUCCUUUACAAGGCCACAGGAGACCCUUACUACCUGGAGGCAGGUCGCACCAUCCUCGACAACCUCAAUCGCUUUGCUCGUGUUCCCUGCGGCUUUGCUGCAAUGAAGGACGUGCGCACUGGGAGCCAUGAGGACCGAAUGGACUCGUUCUUCCUUGCUGAGAUGUUCAAAUACCUGUUCCUGUUGUUUGCUGAAGCGGAGGACCUACCUUUUGAUGUGGAGGACUACGUCUUCACAACUGAGGCACACCUGCUGCCUCUGUCUCUCUCCGCAGCCCCUCACUCCUCAUCCGUUUCCUCAAAUAGAACGUCAAAGGAGGAGCUGGACGACUCAAACUUUGAUUGGACCUGCCCAAACACCCGCCUCCUGUUUCCGGACCCCGCCUUCCCUCGUAACCUGAGAGAACCAAUCCGUAGCGCUGUGGACAAGAGCUGCCCUCGUCCUGCUCCUUACCGGGAACCCGGUAUGGGUCGUCCUCCCCUUAGGGCUCAGGACUUCAUGGCAAACAACCCUGAACAUCUGGAGCUGCUGAGGAGGAUGGGAGUCAGUCUCAUCCACUUGAAAGAUGGCAGGGUGCAGCUGGUCCAACAUGCUACGCAGGCGGUGAGUGCGGUAGCAGCGGAGGAUGGCGUACGUUUCAUGCAGGAGAUGAUGGAGCUGUCCAGCCAGCAGCAGAAAGAGCAGCUGCCUCCCAGGGCCAUUCAAAUCGUCUCACAUCCAUUCUUUGGCAGAGUUGUGCUGACCGCCGGCCCAGCGCAGUUUGGCACAGACCUGUCCAAAAGUUCCACAGGGGUACGAGGCUUUGUGACUGUGGCUGAACCCUAUAGUGGCUGUUCUGAGAUCACCAACGCUGAGUAUGUCCAGGGCCACAUUGCUCUUCUCCAGAGGGGUCAGUGCAUGUUUGCAGAAAAGGCCCGACACAUCCAGAAGGCUGGCGCCAUCGGAGGCAUAGUCAUCGACGACAAUGAUGGCAGCAGCAGUGACACAGCUCCCCUGUUUCAGAUGGCUGGGGACGGCCGCAACACAGAUGACAUCACCUUGCCUCUCCUCUUCCUCUUUCACAAGGAGGGCAACAUCCUGUUGGAGGCGCUGAAGGAGUACAGGGAGGUGGAGGUGCUGCUGAGCGAUAAAGCCAGAGACAGAGCCGCCAUAUUCAAAGGUAAACCUCUUCCUGGCAGCCUGAUUGAGGGCAGUGUGGACGUGCAAGAAGCGGGGGAGGGCUGCUUAACUGAGGCAACAACUCCCACCUCAUUUGAGCCUACCAGCCAAUCGCAAAUCAGCACGGUGGAGCUGGACGAAUCUGUUUCAGAGGAGGUUACCCCAUCCCAGGACGCAGCCAGUCCUGAAGAUGAAGAAACUAGUCCUGCAGAAGAAGUUAGUCCACCGGAAGAGGAAGCUAGUCCUACAGAGGCAGAAGCUGAUUUGGCUCAGCCUAAGGAGGAGAGAGACUCUGACAGGAGAGAGGAGUCUGAGGGUGACACAGACUCAAGUAGCCAGUCAGUGGAUGAACUGCUGGCUGAUUGGCGGGAAGACUUGGAGGCUUUCCAGCAGAUGGAGAAGGAUGAGCUCUGACAGUCAUCGGGUGUGACAUACCCUGUGACUGUGGUUUGAUCCCACCAUGGAGAGAGCCCCAGAGGGAACGCAUCUUCACACCAGCCUCAAACUGAUGAACACAAAGAAAGCUGGGGAGAUGUCUCUCGUGACUGUUUCUUCUCUUUCCCUCUGUAGAUGGUACCACGUGCCAAGGCAAGCCAACAUACUGCAUCACUGGACCAUAAGGAAGUCCUUUUUAGCCUGGUAGACAAUGGAUGAGAGACCAGGGUUCUUACCUCACUUUCUCAUGCAGUUUCUGUUAAUCUGUCAUAACAAAACCUAAUGAAUGACAUGGACCAGACUGUGUGUAACAGUGUCUCACUUUCCAGUCCAAAUUACUUCUCACAUUGUUGUUCUCAAUGCAUUUCUGACUCCUUUUGCUCAGAUGAGUGCUGGUCCAACAACUACGUUCUGACUAAUUAAUCCAUCGACCAAUUUUAUUUAAACGUGAUGAUUAUUUGUGAUGAUAAAUUUACUGUUUUUAUGGUCUUGGACCUAAUCAUAUGUACGCAUUGAUGUGAGUUAAAAGACUUAAUUCACGUGGUGAUCGGUGACAUCAAAUAAGCUGCAGGAUCUUUUUAUGGCUUUAUGGUAGACAAACUCAACACCAAAAUAAUCUCUCUGGAGGUAUAUGAAGUCAUCUGUCAGUGUAAAUAUGUAGUAAGAUAUAUUUACUGAAACAGUAUAGCGCUGUUCGCUCAGGUUCCGGUGCUCCUCCCAGCCAACAACCUCUGGACCACAUCUGGUGGAGCAGACACACCCUCAGGAGCGUAGUGGGAUGGAUUACACCCCCACAGACAGCCACAGGAGGGCGCUAUAUGAUCUGUCUGUUAUGCUGUAGCUGCUGACUGAUUGGAAGGAACAGAAAAAUGCCAAUAAAUUAACAUGAUGGAAUUAAAUAAAAAUUGAGAGGGAAAUGGGGAAA